CUAAAUAGUGGGCAGGAGGCUAGAAAGCUACCAGUCGUGUGACUUCCCUCGAUUCGACACCGUCCUCUCUCUGGAAAAGCAGGAAGGGCUGUCCACGUUUUCUCUAGCCCGGUUGCAAGGACAGACUUGAAAUGGCGUCAAAAGGUCCCGCAGGGAUGCAGUCUGGGGGAGAUGACCCCGACCCAACCCCCUAUCUGUUUGUGUCCCUUGAACAAAAGCGUAUAGAUCAAACGAAACCCUACGAUGCGAAGAAGGCUUGCUGGGUUCCAGACGAGGGCGAAGGUUUCGUCCAGGGUGAGAUCAAAGGAACCAAGGGUGACAUCGUCACCGUUAGUCUUCCUAAUGGAGAGGAAAGACAUCUUAAGAAGGAGCAAGUUUACCAAGUAAAUCCACCGAAAUACGAAAAAGUUGAGGAUAUGGCGGACCUGACGUACCUCAACGACGCCUCUGUCCUGUACAACCUGAAACAGAGAUACUAUCAUAAGCUAAUAUACACCUACUCCGGCCUUUUCUGCGUUGCCAUCAAUCCUUACAAAAGAUUCCCCGUUUACACCUUGCGUUGUGCCAAACUUUACAGAGGCAAGAGGAGGAACGAAGUCCCACCUCACAUCUUCGCUAUUUCUGACGGUGCCUACGUUAACAUGCUUACAAACAAAGAAAAUCAGUCCAUGUUGAUCACAGGAGAGUCUGGUGCCGGAAAAACUGAAAACACGAAGAAAGUAAUUGCGUACUUCGCCACUGUUGGUGCCAGUGGUAAGAAAGACGAGGCCGCUGAAAAGAAGGUAAAGAUAAUUUAUAUAAAAAAAAGUAUUUUUCUGUUAAUUACUGAUUUUUUUAUCACUCCAAUUUUUAAGGGAACUCUUGAAGAUCAAGUCGUACAAACUAACCCUGUACUGGAAGCGUUCGGUAACGCCAAGACAGUGCGUAACGACAACUCCUCCCGUUUCGGUAAAUUUAUCCGUAUUCACUUCGGCCCAUCUGGAAAACUUGCCGGAGCUGAUAUCGAAACCUAUCUGCUGGAGAAGGCCCGUGUCAUCUCUCAACAGACCCUCGAGAGGUCUUACCACAUUUUCUACCAGAUAAUGUCCGGCGCUGUCAAGGGGCUGAAGGCAAUGUGCCUGCUGUCAAAUAACGUCAACGACUACUACUUCGUCUCACAAGGGAAAACGACAAUCAAUGGUGUGGAUGACGGAGAGGAGUUGCUUAUUACCGAUCAAGCUUUCGACGUUUUGGGUUUCACUCAAGAAGAAAAGGACAACAUCUACAAGAUCACCGCCGCCGUUAUGCACAUGGGUUGCAUGAAGUUCAAGCAAAGGGGUCGUGAAGAGCAAGCCGAGCCCGAUGGCACAGAAGAAGGUGACAGAGUCGGAAGGCUUCUUGGCAUUGAAGGCGCCGACUUAUACAAGAACUUCGUCAAACCAAGGAUAAAGGUCGGUAACGAAUUCGUCACCCAGGGUAGGAACGUCAAUCAGGUCACAUACUCACUCGGUGCCAUGUCGAAGGGUAUGUUCGAUCGUCUUUUCAAGUUCUUGGUCAAAAAAUGUAACGAAACUCUUGACACAAAACAAAAGAGGCAGCACUUCAUUGGUGUACUGGAUAUCGCCGGUUUCGAAAUUUUCGACUACAACGGAUUUGAACAACUCUGUAUUAACUUCACCAACGAAAAGCUACAACAGUUUUUCAACCAUCACAUGUUCGUCUUGGAACAAGAAGAAUACAAGAGGGAAGGAAUUGACUGGGCUUUCAUUGAUUUCGGAAUGGACUUGUUGGCCUGUAUCGAACUUAUUGAAAAGCCCAUGGGUAUCUUGUCCAUCCUUGAAGAAGAGUCUAUGUUCCCGAAGGCCACUGACAAGACCUUUGAGGACAAGUUGAACACCAAUCACUUGGGCAAGUCCCCCAAUUUCCAGAAGCCUAAGCCUCCAAAGCCAGGCUGCCAAGCCGCCCACUUCGCCAUCGGCCAUUACGCCGGUGUUGUGUCUUACAACAUCACAGGAUGGCUGGAAAAGAACAAGGAUCCUUUGAACGACACUGUCGUCGACCAGUACAAGAAGGGUACUAACAAACUUCUCUGUGAAAUCUUCGCUGAUCAUCCCGGACAAUCUGGCGGUGCUGACCCCAGCGGUGGCAAGGGUGGACGAGGCAAGAAAGGAGGUGGUUUCGCCACUGUGUCCUCUUCCUACAAGGAACAAUUGAACAACUUGAUGACCACCCUGAAGAGCACACAGCCUCACUUCGUUCGUUGUAUCAUUCCCAACGAAUUGAAACAGCCAGGUGUCAUCGACUCUCACUUGGUUAUGCACCAGUUGACAUGUAACGGUGUACUUGAAGGUAUCCGUAUUUGCCGUAAAGGUUUCCCCAACAGGAUGGUCUACCCUGACUUCAAGCUCCGAUACAAGAUCCUUAACCCUGCAGCCGUGGAAAAAGAACCUGACCAAAAGAAAGCUGCUGGGCAUGUCCUCGAAUCUACCGGAUUGGAUCCUGAUAUGUACCGACUUGGUCACACCAAGGUCUUCUUCAGGGCCGGUGUCCUGGGUCAGAUGGAAGAACUCCGUGACGACAGGCUCGGAAAGAUCAUCGGAUGGAUGCAAGCCUACAUCCGUGGUUACCUCACCAGAAAGGAAUACAAGAAGCUCCAAGAACAGAGGUUAGCCCUCCAAGUUGUCCAGCGCAACUUGAGGAAAUACCUUCAGCUCAGAACCUGGCCAUGGUGGAAGAUGUGGACCAAGGUCAAGCCUCUCCUCAACGUCGCCAACGUGGAGGAGGAGAUGCGGAAACUGGAAGAGCUCGUCGCCCAGACCCAGGCCGCUUUGGAGAAAGAGGAGAAAGCGAGAAAGGAAGUCGAAGCCCUCAACGCCAAGCUCAUCCAGGAGAAGACAGACCUUCUCAAGAACCUCGAAGGAGAGAAAGGCACUCUUGGAAGCAUCCAGGAAAGAGCAGCCAAACUCCAAGCCCAGAAGGCAGAUCUGGAGUCUCAGCUCGCGGACACCCAAGAGCGACUCCAGACCGAGGAAGACGCCAGGAACCAGGUCUUCCAGCAGAAGAAGAAGUUAGAACAAGAAAACGCAGCCCUCAAGAAGGACAUCGAAGACUUAGAACUCGCCAACCAGAAGACCGACCAAGACAAGGCUAGCAAAGAACACCAAAUCCGCAACCUCAACGAUGAGAUCGCUCACCAAGACGAACUCAUCAAUAAGCUCAACAAAGAAAAGAAAGUUCAAGCUGAGCACAACCAAAAGACUGCCGAAGAACUUCAGGCUGCUGAAGACAAAAUCAACCACCUCACCAAAGUCAAAUCGAAAUUGGAACAGACUUUGGAUGAAUUGGAAGAUACCCUCGAACGCGAAAAGAAACUCCGGGGAGAUGUUGAAAAGGCAAAGAGAAAGACUGAAGGCGACCUCAAAUUGACCCAAGAGGCUGUCGCUGACCUCGAAAGGAACAAGAAGGAACUCGAACAGACCAUCCAGAGGAAAGACAAGGAGCUAGCCUCUCUUACCGCCAAACUUGAAGACGAACAAUCAGUCGUCAACAAAUCUUCCAAACAGGUCAAAGAACUCCAAGGCCGCAUCGAAGAAUUGGAAGAGGAAGUCGAGGCUGAAAGGCAAGCCCGUGGCAAGGCCGAGAAACAACGCGCUGACCUCGCUCGUGAACUCGAGGAGCUCGGCGAAAGGUUGGAAGAAGCCGGAGGUGCUACCUCUGCUCAGAUCGAACUCAACAAGAAACGCGAGGCCGAGAUGAGCAAGUUGCGCAGGGACCUGGAAGAAGCCAACAUCCAACACGAGAGCACACUGGCCAACCUCCGCAAGAAGCACAACGAUGCCGUCAGCGAGAUGGGAGACCAAAUCGACCAGCUCAACAAAUUGAAGACCAAAGUCGAAAAGGAGAAAUGCCAGUAUUUGUGCGAACUCAACGAUGUCCGUGCAUCCAUUGACCACCUUACAAACGAGAAGGCCGCCACUGAGAAAGUUGCCAAGCAGCUCCAACACCAAGUCAGCGACGUCCAAGGCAAACUUGAGGAAGCCAACAGGACCCUCAAUGACUUCGACGCUGCCAAGAAGAAGCUUUCCAUUGAGAACUCCGACCUCUUGAGACAACUCGAGGAAGCCGAAAGCCAAGUAUCUCAGCUCAGCAAACUGAAGAUCUCUCUCACUACCCAGCUUGAAGACACCAAACGCCUUGCCGAUGAGGAAGCUAGGGAACGCGCUACUCUCCUCGGUAAAUUCCGUAACUUGGAACACGAUCUUGACAACCUGAGGGAACAGGUUGAAGAAGAAGCCGAAGCCAAGGCCGACACCCAACGCCAACUCAGCAAGGCCAACGCUGAGGCCCAAUUGUGGCGCAGCAAGUACGAGAGCGAAGGUGUCGCCCGUGCUGAAGAACUCGAGGAAGCCAAGCGCAAAUUGCAAGCCCGCCUUGCGGAAGCCGAGGAAACCAUCGAAUCCCUCAACCAGAAAGUCGUCGCUCUGGAAAAGACCAAACAGCGUCUUGCCACCGAAGUCGAAGACCUCCAGCUCGAAGUCGACCGUGCCAACGCCGUUGCCAACGCUGCCGAAAAGAAAGCCAAGGCUAUCGACAAAAUCAUCGGAGAAUGGAAACUCAAGGUCGACGACCUUGCUGCUGAACUCGAUGCCAGCCAGAAAGAAUGCCGCAAUUACUCUACCGAACUCUUCAGGCUCAAGGGAGCUUACGAAGAAGGACAAGAGCAACUCGAAGCCGUCCGCAGGGAGAACAAAAAUCUUGCCGAUGAAGUCAAGGACCUUCUUGACCAAAUCGGUGAAGGUGGACGCAACAUUCAUGAAAUCGAGAAACAGCGCAAGAGGUUAGAAAUGGAGAAGGACGAACUCCAGGCCGCCCUCGAAGAAGCCGAAGCUGCUCUGGAACAGGAAGAAAACAAAGUCCUCCGAUCUCAGCUCGAACUCAGCCAGGUCCGUCAAGAAAUCGACCGCCGUCUCCAAGAGAAAGAAGAAGAGUUCGAAAACACCAGGAAAAACCACCAACGCGCUUUGGAUUCCAUGCAAGCCAGCUUGGAAGCCGAGGCCAAGGGUAAGGCCGAGGCACUUCGCAUGAAGAAGAAGCUCGAAGCUGACAUCAACGAACUCGAGAUCGCCCUCGACCACGCCAAUAAGGCCAACGCUGAAGCUCAGAAAUCCAUCAAGAAAUACCAACAACAGCUCAAGGACGUCCAGACCGCCCUUGAAGAAGAACAGAGGGCUCGCGACGACGCCCGCGAACAGCUCGGCAUCGCUGAGAGACGUGCCAACGCUCUCGGAAACGAGCUCGAAGAAUCUCGCACCCUCCUGGAACAAGCCGACCGUGGCAGGAGGCAGGCCGAACAAGAACUCGGCGACGCCCACGAACAGCUCAACGAACUCGCCGCACAGGCCACCAGCGCUUCCGCUGCCAAGAGGAAAUUGGAAGGAGAGUUGCAGACACUCCAUGCUGACCUCGACGAACUUCUCAACGAAGCCAAGAACUCCGAAGAAAAGGCCAAGAAGGCUAUGGUCGAUGCGGCUAGGUUAGCCGACGAACUCAGGGCGGAACAAGACCACGCACAGACUCAAGAGAAACUCCGCAAAGCCCUCGAAACUCAAAUCAAGGAGCUCCAGGUCAGGCUAGACGAGGCCGAGAACAACGCUCUCAAAGGAGGAAAGAAAGCCAUCGCCAAGUUGGAACAGCGCGUCAGGGAACUCGAGAACGAACUCGACGGAGAACAGAGGAGGCACGCCGACGCCCAGAAGAACCUCAGGAAAUCCGAGCGCAGAGUUAAGGAACUCAGCUUCCAGUCCGACGAGGACCGCAAGAACCACGAACGCAUGCAAGACCUUGUAGACAAACUUCAACAGAAGAUCAAGACUUACAAGAGGCAGAUCGAAGAAGCGGAAGAAAUCGCCGCUUUGAACCUUGCUAAAUUCCGCAAAGCGCAACAAGAACUCGAAGAAGCCGAAGAACGUGCUGACCUUGCCGAACAGGCUGUUUCCAAAUUCAGGACAAAGGGAGGACGCGCCGGAUCUGCAGCCAGAGCUUUAAGCCCUGUUGGUCAGAAACAGAGGAAGGCGCUGGAUAUGGAAUAAACUUUCAUUAAAAUCGCUCACAGACAACCAGUGAGGCCGCAGUUGGACGGCUCUGCUUUUCCACCACGAUUCGACUUACAUCCCGACGAAUUUUAAAAAUAUUUGAUAGCUACGCAAGCAAAUAUCUGAUUUUAUUAAUAUCAUAUAAAUAUAUGUAUUUAUUUUGAAUCCUAAGUUAAUUCUUAUUUAACUAUAAUUCCACAGCUGGCUUCGGCCAGCGACGAACACAUUUUCACGAUGUAACCAAAAUUUGGAUCAUCAUCAAUAUAACAAAUAAACUCUUAAAACACGAGACAAAACUACAAAUCUACAGAGGAACUUCAUACAUUAUGGAUUUUGCUCUGUAAUUGUGAGAAAGCAAUAAAGGAAUUUUACAUCGUGA